AUGACCACCACACGAGCCAACACGACUGGAGGUUGCCCUUUCCCUCCCAUCCUUGGUGCUGUCAAGACCAGUGGCAAAAACGGCAAGCUGUCGACGGGCUCUUCGGCAUCUGCCGCGUCCGCUAGUCAUGAGAAGGGUGGUGUGCACAGCCACCAUGACGACCACCAGAUGGCAGAUGAGGACGAUGACGGCGAUGUCUGUGUCCACAUGGACACUGACCCACCUCCGUCGUCUCUCGCGGCGGAUUUGCCACGGUUCUGCCCGGAGCUUAAGUCUUGGAUCGAGCGGGUGCGGCCACGAUUCACCGACAUCAACGAUCGCGUCCUUCGGUCGGACGGCUGGCAGCAGCGCCACCAUUCACCCGCUGAUAUGGAGGCGUACCUGCGUACUGAGCUGGCUUCGGUGUAUGGUGGCUGGUCAGGGCGGAUCAGGCCGGGCAAAAAAAUGUGGUUUGCUGCCGGGCUGGGGUUGUCGGUAGAGGCAUAUAUGCCGGCGGUGAUGGGCACGUCUGCCGACCCAGACGAACAGUGCAAAGGUACGGCAACGAACAGAGCAGGUCCUCACCAGUAUGAACACUCGGUUUGCCAUUCUGUUGGUCUGUCAGAAAUGGCGGCUGUGUUUCACCAGCUCACUUCCCAGUCGUACGACGCCUGUAUCGACCGCAAGAUGGAGGUGCCCGACACCAGCCACCACGGGCCACAAACCUAUCUAAUCGCUUUCAUCCCCGCGGCCGCGGCGUUCGCCGAUCAUUUGACACGCCGGCUGUUCCUUUAUGAUGGCGUCGAGUCCGACUGGAUCCCCCUACGAUGGUUUUACGGAUCCAGCGCUCAUGAGAGGCUCCGGGCGACUUGGUGCGACCCUUAUGGAGCCUUACUGCAUGUGGAUGGCGCAGGGAGGUUCCAUGAGCGCCGCCGCCACACCAUAGCGUCAGUCCGAAAGUAUUCUUACAUGGCGACUUCGGAGGAGCCUGUGCGUCACAUUGAGACGGCCCGGUGCACCGAGGGCACGCCUGAAGAGGCCAAGGGAGAAUGCACUAAGACAGAGUCUGACUUUCAGCAAGCGGGAUUCGCCGGCAACCGUCUGGCCUCCUUGCAGUCAAUUGCCCACGAACACCCGCUACUUGCGCAGAUGGACAACACGGGCUACACCUAUGUGAAUCUGGUCAGCAACGGCCAAACACACAGCCACACAUCCCGCCAAACACACAGACACACACACACACACACACAGAGAGAGAGAGAGAUUUGGCUGAGUGUAUGCAUCGGCCUUGUUGUGUGUGUUUGUUUGUUUGUCUGUGUCUAUUCCGUUCUCAGAAAUUGGAAUCGGGGGAUCAAGACUUAGGUGGAGAAGCGAACAUGAAGAAGGUUCUGGACAGCACACAUGUGGAAGCGGCAAGAAAUCUCGUUGGCGAGCUGAACCGGGUUGCGGCCGGUUUCGGUUCGACGGGACUUCUGGCGCCCUGCAACACCUGCCGCCAUUGGAGAUUGCUGUCGCGCUUCAUGAACAACAGAGACGGCACAACCCCCCUCACUCUGCUGGACGGCCACCUACUUCUUCACUCAUCCGUCUUGUCGGACGUGCACGACAUUGCCGACGUUCACGCCCACUUAGCCAGCCACCUACACUGGCGUGUGAGUGCCCAUGCGGUCAUGCACGAGCGCCUGGCGUCCAGCUACGGCCCGGCUCUCCUGAUCUUCAAUCCCCAGCUGAAGACGCACAAGACAGAAGAAGUCAUGGAGAAUCUCUACGAGCCGUGGGGGAAACUCCUACUGGCCGCCACAGGGGUGGAGCAGUCCACCAAACCCCACCAUGCGCGUGGCUACUGUGUGACAGCAGGCCGGCCGGACGUCAGCGGCAAUCCCCGCCUCGUCACUCUGUCAAUGGCCCCCCUCAAAGGCGAGUCCCCUCUGUACCGGCUCUAUGUCCUCGACAUCACCAACACGCAGAUUUGGCUGGCAGCGCGCAUCGCGGGGAAGGCGUGGCAGCGGAGCAAGAAAGAGCACUUCAAGACCUUCGCAAAGGAGUGGCGGCGCAUUGAGGGAGUGUCGAAGCUGUGUGUAGUGCUGAAAGAGCGAUGUGUCUGGAUCAGGUCAUACUUUAGGCGAGCAGAUGUGUCGUGAUCCCGCCCGAGAUGCUGCCGGCACAAGUGCAGGGCCCGCAGCAAACAUGACUGACUGUGUGGUGGAUGGAUGUCACUGAGGCAGCCAUUGAUUGAGCCACAUGACAUGACAGAGACACGAAACAAGAAAUGGCAAUCAAGAUGUGUAACUGAGCCUCAAUCGUUGAAUCCG